AUGCCAGAUAUCGCCAUGACAGACUUGGAGCCUCUCGGACCGACGACUGAAAGCACUUCGAACGUUACAAACACGUUGAUAUUCAUUGAUACUGUCUCUUCUUCCUCUCCUGUAAUUGCCAGCUCUCUAGGACCGAUACAGUCGAUGCCAGUCAAUGAUAUUGAAUCCAUUCAAAUGCCUACAGUAUCCACUCGAUCAGGUGAUGUAAAUGAUCCAGACACAUACAAACGUAGUCAAGAUCCACAUUGGAAGAACGCAGGACUUGAAGACAUUUAUUCUCUAUGGGAUAAGCUUGUACCUGUGGAAGAAUUGCCCAAAUUUGAAGAAAUGGUUCAUUUUUUAGUCGCGCUUGAUCCUCAAACAGCUCGUGACUUGGAAAAAGCUUUUGUGCUACUUCGACGUAAAUUCAAGUGUCUACCAAAGAAAUCUCAAAUGAAAUUUGUGUUGGGACUAUUGGUACAAAAGGGCGUAGUACCAAGUGGCUUGGCACUGGAGAAAUUACUGAUCAAGAAGGCACAGAAGAGUCAGUCUGGUGUUUUGGUUGUCACGGUGCUUACAAGUCCCUAUCCAGCAGUAGGUGGCAAGAAACAACGUUUUAGCUGUCAAUGGAAUUGCUACUAUUGUCCAAAUGAACCGGACCAGCCGAGAAGCUACUUGCACGACGAACCAAGUGUGCUGCGUGCCAACAGGAACGACUUUGACCCGGUGUUGCAGUUUUGUGACCGAUGUGUGACGUUGGCGAUGAACGGUCAUCCAGUUGAUAAGAUUGAGUUGUUGGUGCUUGGAGGAACGUGGGCAUCGUAUCCCAUUGAGUAUCAGGAGAACUUCAUUCGUGACUUGUUCUAUGCAGCAAAUACGUUUUUUGAAAGAGAGAAGCGUGAACGACAUAGUCUGGAUGAGGAAAAGCUCGAGAAUGAAACUGCGGCGGUAAAGAUUAUCGGCAUUACGUUGGAAACGCGGCCGGAUUGUAUCACCCCCGAGGAACUGCGCCGAUUUCGUCGUUAUGGCUGCACGCGUGUUCAGUUGGGCAUCCAGCACACGGAUGAUGCUGUCUUGAAGAAGAUUAAUCGUGGCUGCACUACUGCUGAUGCGAUACAUGCGCUUAAAUUACUUCGUGACUGUUGUUACAAGACUGACAUCCACUUGAUGCCUAAUUUACCUGGAAGCGACCCAGAAAAGGACCGAGCUAUGUUUGACUACGUCCUACACUCGCCGGACCUGCAGGCAGAUCAAUGGAAGAUUUACCCAUGUGAGAUAACCCCUUGGACUGUGAUUAAGAAGUGGUACGAUGAAGGCAGCUACGUACCCUACGCAGACGAUAAGCUGAUGGACUUGCUGAUGGAUGUGAAAGCCGAGGUGCACCCGUGGAUUCGUCUCAACCGUGUGGUUCGCGAUAUUCCGAGCCAGUACAUUCUGGGCGGGAUGGAUGAGCCCAAUCUGCGUCAGGUGAUCUGCAACAAGAUGAUUGCUCGAGGUACACCGUGCAAGUGCAUUCGGUGCCGUGAGGUGAAGACGGACGACGCCGCUAUUGCCUCUGCGGAGUGCAUUGUUCGAGAGUACGAGGCCAACGAAGGUAACGAGUUCUUUAUCAGCUUUGAGACUCCGGAUCGCUCCAAAAUUUGUGGAUUUGCUCGGUUGCGUCUUUCGAAAACUGCAGGUGGCGGUGUCUUUCCGGAACUCGAAGGUGCCGCAUUGAUUCGAGAGCUGCAUGUGUACGGACAACUUGUGGCUGCAAUUAGUAAGUCGAAGAAGCAUGCAAUCAGCACUUUUACGAACGAUGGAGCAGCGCAGCAUACGGGAUUAGGUACACAACUCAUGAUGAAAGCGGAGGCGAUUGCUCUCGCCCACGGACACAAGAAGAUGGCUGUGAUCGCAGGAGUGGGUGUUCGUAAUUUCUAUCGCCGUUUGGGUUACGAAGUGGAAGGUGAAGGCGAGCUGAUGAUCAAGCACUUGGAUAAACUACCAGCCUCUGGUGUAUGGUCGAAGGUGAACUCGUUCAUCAUCGAAAAACUAGCACAUGAUUUGUCGGUCAGCCAGUGGAGUACGAUUGCGAUCGCUGGUGUUUUCACCCUGUGUGCCGUGACUGCAGCGAUUGCCCGGAGAAGGUGA